GCGGAGCGGCGCGGAUGGGCGCGGAUGGGCGCGGAGGCGGAGCGCUGCGAUGUGCAGGAUGUCGUUCAAGAAAGAAACACCACUUGCCAAUGCUGCAUUUUGGGCUGCGAGAAAAGGAAACCUGGCUCUCCUCCAGCUGCUGAUGAACAGUGGGCGAGUAGAUGUGGACUGCAAAGACAGCCUUGGCACAACAGCUCUGAUGGUAGCAUCUUACUAUGGCCACAUAGACUGUGUGAGGGAAUUGGUGUUGCAAGGAGCAGAUAUCAAUCUGCAGAGAGAGUCAGGUGCAACUCCUUUGUUUUUUGCUGCACAGCAAGGCCACAACGACGUAGUGAAGUUUCUCUUUGAAUUUGGAGCCUCCACUGAAUUUAGGAAUAAAGAUGGAGGUACUGCACUUCUAGCUGCUUGUCAGUAUGGGCAUGCAAAAGUAGUGGAAACGCUGUUGAAGCAUGGUGCGAACAUUCACGAUCAACUUUAUGAUGGAGCUUCUGCAAUUUUCCUGGCAGCACAAGGAGGCUAUCUGGAUGUCAUCCGAUUGCUGCUUUCUUCAGGAGCAAAGGUUAACCAGCCACGGCAGGACGGGACAGCUCCCUUAUGGAUUGCAUCGCAGAUGGGUCACAGUGAAGUGGUGCGUGUAAUGCUGCUCCGUGGAGCUGAGCGAGAUGCUGCCCGGGAUGAUGGUACGACUGCUUUACUGAAGGCUGCCAUUAAGGGGUACAAUAAUGUGAUAGAAGAAUUGCUGAAAUUCUCCCCCACUCUUGGCCUGCUGAAGAAUGGGACCUCUGCUCUCCACGCGGCCGUCCUGAGUGGCAACGUGAGGACAGUGGCACUGCUCCUUGAAGCAGGAGCAGACCCGUGCCUGAGGAACAAGGCAAAUGAACUUCCAGAAGAACUAACAAAAAAUGAACGCAUCCUCCGACUCCUCCGUAUGAAGGAAAAGCAAGGGAAAAGCUAAUGCAGCCCUGUAGCAAACAUGGUUUGACAGAGAUGCACCCUGACCACAGUAGCAUGACUGUAAACCUAGGUUGCCCAAGAAGGGCUUGAUGGAACAGUUUGCAGAACUGAUUUGCCUCUCCAGUACAUGCUCCCUGAACGCAUGAGGCCCUUGCCAUGGGGUCGCCAUGGGCUAGGACCUCUGCCUGGCAUAGCUGAACGCAGGACUGCGACGAGCAGGGGCUGGCCUGGGAGCUGCGUCUGCACUGCAGCCCCAUGGUGCUGCUGCCCUCUCUUUGCUGACAGUGCUAGCUCAGACCAUUCCUCUCUACCUCCAAGUGCCACACGGGGCUAGAGGUGAGAUCCCACCUGUGACAUCCCAACAGAAAAAGUCCUCCUGCCAGCCCAGUGCUUGGAUAACAUUUUGGCUACUACAUGAAGCUCCAUAAGAAAUGAUUCAGAGAGUUACAAAUGACACCAAAAGCUACCAACCAAACAAUAAGCAAGGAGAUGUCCUCCUCAGUUGUAGCAUCUUGAUCUGUCUAUCUGUCCAGCAACAGGAACACAGCAGAGCAGUUGAUAGCAUUUUGCAAUGCGUACACAGUGCUGUGGGGAUCCAUCCCUAACCCUGCUGUCUGCGUACAUGGAUGAGGAGGACCAGUUACUGAGCAAACCAACCAGGACAUAUCAUUCACUGGUGCAAGUCCAUCAGAAACUCAACUGUCGGGCACAACAGCACAGAUGCUGUGCAAGUGGUACACGUAUACGUAUGGUCUGCACGUGCAUAUAUAUGUGACACUAUGGUUUAGUACUCACAGCUACUAUGCAAUGCACUUGUUCCCCAGGUCUGUGAAAGGAGUUAAGGGAGAAGCGCACAGUGUACAGGUGUUUCAGCAGCUGGUGCGAGGGUUACACAUAGCCACACGCAAAUAGGCCCACUAAUUGAUGCAGGCAUGGAAAAUGAACUCUCAACAGCAAUUUUGGUCUUCGCUGUGAUUGGGACACUUAGUCACGCUACCAGUGCCUGUGUGGGGAAGGCAGUGCAAAUUGUAGAUGGUUUGUGAAGAGCUAUGUUUUAACCAUGUUGCUGAAAGAUACCCCAUUAAACCCCAUUAAACCCCA